GACAGUGGCACCAACUCAUACGCUCUGCUAUAGCACACAGCCAGGAAGAUGCGAACUCCCGUGCAUUAGGUGGGCCGCCCUCACACAAUCGAUUGCGCGUCACGCUGCAUCCUUGCAUCAUCGCGCAUCCUCCCAUUUGAUAAGCAAUCCAGAGUUCCUCGAGCAUUUUCGACGAGCCUCCCGUCACCCACGAUCCUCCUGUCCUCUAAACAAGAUGCCAGUCCUUCGUGAAGGUAUCCCCAACAGCGACGGCAUUUACCCUGCACUGCCUCUUCCACUCACUCCGUCCGGCACGAAGUUCGAACCGACGAGUUACGUCGAUGUUCCGCCCGUUCCUGUUCAAGAACUCUCUCAUCUCUCUUUGCACCUGCCUGAGCAUUUGACGCCAGCUGGGGCCGACUACGACUGUGAUAUGGGGGGUAUCGGAAUCGUGAGGGGGGAGGGUGAGAAGAGGAGGAAGAUAGAGAGACAGGAUGAGGUUGAAGACGAAGGUAUUGCGAGCAGUCCACUCAACAGUGGAGACAGUCUCUUUGGAACUGCUCGUUUGAAGAGUCGACGACUCGGUGCCCUCCGCUCCGGAACCACAUUCAUCGGCACUCAAAAGGCGCUUGGACGAGAACCUUACAGUAUCAAGGUCACUAUUCAUGACGUGGACUUGCUGGUGGACGACAAAAUCAGCGGAUACUUGGAGUGUAGCGGAUUGUUGCCUGAACCAGUGACUACCUUUUUUGAUGGCGAUAUCAUCGGUCCUAAGCAUACGUUCCGCACACUCACGGCCGGAAAACCACCCACGGAAUACGUGGACCUCGCACACUGGUCAAAGUUCCCCGCGUUUCGCUCUCGCCUCAUUUCACCACAAGCGCACCUUCUAUCCAAUUUACCCCUUUCCACUGAGGUUGUUGCCAGAGACAGAUACGCGCCUCUUUACAACACUCACGAAGCCCACGACCCGUACACAUCCGACUACAUCUUCAUGCGCUGGAAGGAGAAGUUCUUGGUGCCGGAUUAUAAGGAGACAAUCAGUGGUGCUUCCUUCUGCGGGUGGUACUAUGUCUGCUUCAGGAGGAGUACGGGGCAUAUUACGGGUUUCUAUUAUCAUGCCAACAGUGAGUUGUAUCAGGAGUUGGAGUUGUGCAUGGAGGAAGAGACGGGCUUUGGGGAGUUUGAGUGGAGGUGAUCGUGAUCGACGUGAUCGACUGAAGGAGUACUGCUGGAAAUGAGUGAGUGGACGAGUAGAGUGUACGAUAUAUUCGUUAGAGACUGUCUACAUUGAGGUGACGACGAGUAAUGUUAGAACGGCGUUGUCGAUUGCAAAACGAAUUGAAUAUGACCUGUCCGCUUC